AUGCAGCUGUCGCUCGUGGUCCUGGCCGUUGUCUUCCAGACAGCGGUUAGCACCGCAUCUUCGCUCACUCCGCCUGUGAUCCCAUUGAUAGUACGGAAUCCAUAUCUGAGUACCUGGCUUGCAAAUGCUCGAGACACACCUUGGUCAAAAUGGCCCAUGUUCUACACUGGAGAGGAGGUGGGACUUUCUUUGAUGGCUCACCUUCCGAGCCAGAAUACUGUUUACCCUCUUCUUGGCAAACCCCAUGAGUCUUUGGAUGAGAAGGCCAGCUACAAGAUCAAGUUCCCUAACUACAACGGCCUGAACUAUGAUGCCUCGACGACCAACUUGACCUACUAUAUCGACACUGGUUCUGCAAACCCUAUCGACGUUACAAUUUCAUUUCUUUCACCCAUCACCCCAACUUCAACCCUACGUCAGUCAAUCCCGGCCUCCUAUAUCACAAUCGAUGUCAAAGGCGAUGUCGAUGUCAGCAUCUAUAUGGAUGUGGAUGGCCGCUGGGUCAGUGGAGAUACUGGCAGCAAGAUCAAGUGGGGAUGGGAUAACUUGAAGACCGAGAACGAGGAGCUUGCCCUCAAUCGAUGGCAAGUGCAGAGGGAGAACGAGCUUGAUCUCACAGAGACUCGCGACCGUGCCGAAUGGGGCACUCUUCAUUUCACUGGACCAUCUGACGUUGAAUACCAGUCUGGAGAUGCAUCUCAGGUACGCCAAGUCUUCGCUAGCUCUGGAGCUCUGCAAAACACCAACGAUGAUAAAUUCCGCGCUAUUCGGGAUCGCGCGCCCGUUUUUGCCUUCUCCAAGACUUUCCACCUCGGGCAUUCAUCCAAGAGUUACGUCGAUAGCGUAACAUUCACUCUCGCUUUCAUCCAGAUUCCUGUUGUUCAGUAUGCCUCAUCUCGUGGGCUCACCAUGAUGCGACCCUUGUGGGAAUCUUGGUAUCCCACAACCGAAGAGCUCUUGAAUUUCCACUACAGGGAUUUUGCUGCAGCUAGUUCCCUGGCAUCCAACUACUCGCAGCAGUUGGCAGAUGAUGCGUACUUGUCUGGAGCUGAUGACUACGUUGAGAUCGUUGCCCUAACUGCGCGGCAGGUGAUGGGUGCAACUACCUUUUCAGGAACCCCGGAUGACCCGAUCCUGUUCCUAAAGGAGAUCUCUUCAAAUGGCAACUUCCAAACUAUCGAUGUCAUCUUUCCCGCGUUCCCAUUCUUCAUGUACACAAACCCCCGGUGGUUGGCGUACCUUUUGGAGCCGUUGAUCGAGCACAUGCUGAGCGGGCAAUACCCCAAUAAGUAUGCGAUGCACGAUUUGGGGACACACUUCCCCAAUGCCACCGGACAUCCUGACGGCAAGGACGAGUAUAUGCCUGUCGAAGAGUGUGGUAACAUCCUCAUCAUGGGCUUGGCUAUCGUGAACUCGCUCCGCUAUGAGGACUCUGCUGCAGCCUCGUCCAUCUGGUCAACACAGGGGCUGCCCUCGCCAAGCUCCGACAACGAGAGAUCUGGACCGUUCCCUCUCGGUAAUUUGCAGGUACUGUCCGGAAUUGCUCAUCAAGAUGGCAAAUGGGGUGGCGGUAACAAGGGCCAGCACGAAGCUGAGAAAUGGGUGAAGCGCAGCUACAGUCUUUGGAAACAGUGGACCGGAUAUCUGGUGGAAUUCUCUCUUGAACCUGCUAACCAACUCUCUACCGAUGACUUUGCUGGCUGGCUGGCUCUCCAGACCAAUCUGGCUCUCAAAGGAAUUGUGGGCAUCAACGCCAUGAGCAAGAUCGCCGAGGUAGCCGGUCACGAUGCCGACGCGACUUAUUUCAAGAAAGUCGCUAGCGACUACAUCGCCAAAUGGGAAGAGUUUGGCAUGUCCCGAGAUGGCUCUCAUGCAAAGCUUGCCUACGACUGGUAUGGCUCUUGGACAACGCUCUACAACCUCUACGCCGAUGCCCAGCUCUGCUUCCAUCUAGAGGAUACCGAUACUGACUCACCCGGCUUUGUUCCACGUCACAUCUACCAGAAGCAAUCGGUCUGGUAUCACUAUGUGCGUCAGAAGUACGGCCUUCCCCUCGAUAGCCGCCACCUCUACACCAAGACCGACUGGGAGUUCUUCUCAAUGGCUGUUGCCUCCAAGGGUGUGCGUACAGAGGUCCUUGAGUCUGUCGCCCGCUGGGUCAACGAGACCACCACCGAUCGUCCCUUCACGGAUUUGCACAAUACGGAGGGUGAUGGGGGCUUCCCUAAUCCGACGUUCUUCGCUCGGCCUGUCAUUGGUGGCCAUUUUGCUUUCCUAGCAUUGGAGCGUGCCUGUGGGGGCAAGGCCAUGGAUGGCUUGUCUUUCCUCGACGAUGUCGAUGAGGAGACAUUGGCGGUUUGGACUCAGAGUGCCGAGUCUGCCGCUAAAGAGUUCACCAUGUUGGGCCAGAACCGCCAUGGCGAGGAGCUGUAG